AUGCUCCAGAACAAACUGCUGAGACACCUACCUAAAUGCCUCGUCACCUGGAUCUUCCAGCUGCUCAGGGAUCGCCGAGCCUGCGUGGAGGUAAACGGCGUUCGCAGCCGGGACAGGCCCUUCAGAGCCGGCCUGCCGCAGGGAUCCGUGCUCGCGCCGACCCUAUACACGCUCUGGGCCGCCGACCUCAUCGAGGAGCUGCGCAAGGUGCCCCGCACGGACUGCUACAUGUACGCAGACGACACCGCCACAGUGAGCGCCGGCCCGAACAUCCAGAUGGCUCUGUCCCGAGCACAGCAAUCGGCAGACAUGAUGGCGAGAUGGGCGACCAAGAACAAGAUGAACAUCGCCGGCCACAAAACCCAAAUCCUGGUUCUGUCUCAGUGGGCCCCUGACGCCAAGAAUGUCACGCUCAAGGUCGCAGGAUCGGACGUCACCGCAACAUCUCAUGUCAAGCUGCUGGGAGUGACGCUAGACCGCCUCCUCCACUUCGGCGAGCACUGCGCCAGCCUGCGCCGCAAGGUCCGCCCACGCACAGCACAGUUGAGGAAGCUCACCGGCCACUCAUGGGGACUACGAGAGCAUCACCUGCGCACAGUAGCCAACGGCUAUGUUCGCGGCGCGUUAGAGUACGCUGCAGCAGCCUGGCUGCCGGCGGCCUCCCCGUCCCACGUGGAGCUGGUCGAUCGGGAACUGCGCGCGGCGGCCAGGGCAGUCACCGGCUGUCCCAUGUCGACGCCGACGCACGGCCUGAUGGCGGAGGCCGGCAUGGCCACGGCAGAGAUGCGACGCACCACUCUAGCCACGAGAAUGGUGAUGAGAGCAGCCUCGCUGCCUCCAGACGACCCACUGAGAGCCGUGGCCACCGCGACACAGCACUCCCGCCUCUCCGCCGUUCGCGGCUGGCGCGAGCUGGGGCGCAACACCCUACGCGACCUGGGAGCGCUGGAUGUUCCAGUCGAGCCCAGCCUUGCGGCAACUCUCCCUCCGUGGACUCCUACGGAAGGAGUCUCCAUCGCCCCCACCGCUGGACCCGCAUGCGCAAGAGGCAGAUCAGAUGAGUCCCGGAGAACCGCGGCAGAGGACCUACUAGAGAAGCUCCCGGGGGCGGAGCGCGCGAUCUGGAUAUGGUCGGACGGAUCAGCGACAGGAGGAGUGACAUCGGGCGGAGGAGGCGCCCACAUCACCCUCCCGAACGGCAACACGGAAGAGGUCAGAACCCCAGCAGGCGUCUACUGUUCGAGCACAAGAGCGGAGCUGGUUGCACUCCGAGACGCGCUCGCAAAGAUCGUGGAGAUCGAGCAAGAGGACGCCGCCCCCGCCGGCGGUGACGACCCAAUCAUAGCCUGCCUAGACUCCCGUGCGGCGCUGAUGACACUGGAGAGCGGUCCCGCAGCCCAGACUACCCAGCUGGGAGCCACCAUCUGGCAGCAGCUGCUGCUACUGGUGGAGCGCGGUCGACCGGUGCACCUCCAGUGGGUGCCCGCCCACUGUGGCCUGGCCGGCAACGAGCGCGCCGAUGCAAUCGCAAAGGAGGCCGCAGGCAUGGACCAGUCAAAUGCCCCUAUUGACACCAGGAGCGCCACCCGCGCCGCCGCCAGGUCUGCCCGGCGCCAGUGGCAACGUGCAUGGCCAGACGGCUGGUACAAGGAAAUAUUCGGUGAAGAACAUCUACCGGGACCGGUCAGCGGUGACAACCGGAUGGCCGCGGUUGACACACAUCAGCUGCGGGCGGGACACUGGAGCCAGUCGGCCCAGUACCUGCACCGCAUCGGACGCCGCCCAACUGACACCUGUCAGGGCUGCGCCGACACCGAGUGCCCAGCGGCUCGAUGCCUGGUGUGCGGCGAGGAGGCGGAUACGCCGCGACACGUGCUGCUUCGCUGCCCGUGCCUGUGCGGCACGCGCCUCCACGCGCUGGGAAACAUGCACGGUCGACCACCUGACCUACGACGGGACGACGUGGUGGCGGCCUUUGCCGCCGGCUUUCGCUCAUUCCAGAGCCGAUCGGCUACGCCCCGGCAAUAG